GGAUGUGGCUCCAUAGAGAACAGUGGCACUGAAGACAGCGGCCACUUGUGGUGAUGUGGAGCUACCGGAACUAGGGAGUGGAGCAAAGAGGUCACUGAACCGGAACCAGGAGGAGAUGAGAGCACACAGGGAAGAUAACAGUGACAGUGAUCUAUGAUUAAGGUUCGUCCUCUAUGCUGCUCAGAAGGUACAGUGACUACAAGUGGGAUACCCGGUGCCCACUGAAAUGUCCCUUCCACCCGUGAUUUGUCAUCAUGAACCGUUAUACAACAAUCAAACAGCUCGGAGAUGGCACUUAUGGCUCGGUCCUUCUGGCAAGAAGCACGGAGUCGGGGGAGCUGGUUGCCAUUAAAAAAAUGAAAAGAAAAUUUUACUCCUGGGAUGAAUGCAUGAAUCUUCGAGAGUUAAAGUCUCUGAGGAAGCUCAAUCACGCCAAUGUUAUUAAACUGAAGGAAGUCAUCAGAGAAAAUGAUCACCUCUAUUUUGUGUUUGAAUACAUGAAGGAAAAUCUGUACCAGCUGAUGAAAGAUCGGAACAAAUUAUUUCCUGAAUCCACCAUCAGAAACAUUAUGUACCAGAUACUACAAGGGCUUGCUUUCAUACAUAAAUAUGGGUUUUUCCACAGGGAUUUGAAACCAGAAAACCUCCUCUGCAUGGGACCAGAACUUGUGAAAAUAGCAGAUUUUGGACUAGCUCGAGAAACAAGAUCUCGACCACCUUACACAGAUUAUGUGUCUACACGAUGGUACAGAGCGCCGGAGGUGCUACUUAGAUCAACAAGCUAUAGCUCCCCCAUUGAUAUCUGGGCUGUUGGCUGCAUCAUGGCCGAAAUUUACACCCUAAGGCCUCUUUUUCCAGGCUCAAGUGAAAUAGACACCAUAUUCAAGAUUUGCCAGGUUCUAGGGACACCAAAGAAGAAUGACUGGCCUGAAGGCUACCAGCUUGCCAGUGCAAUGAAUUUUCGCUGGCCACAGUGCGUACCAAACAAUCUGAAAACCUUGGUCCCCAAUGCAAGUAGUGACGGGAUUCAGAUCAUGAGAGAUAUGCUACAGUGGGACCCUAAAAAGAGACCAACUGCAAGCAAGGCUCUCAGUCACCCUUAUUUUCAUGUGGGUCAAGCUCUCGGUACACCUCAAAGAAUUCAAGAGUUAACGAAACCACUGAAAGACUAUCAGGAAAAGCUAAUUCCAUUACACAUCAAACCUGUUCCGCCAUCUCGGCCACCACCCAAAUAUCAGUCCCGACUUUCAUCACGUACCCUCCAGCAAAGCCAAUCAAAUGGACAACCUUUCAAACUAAGCACAUCUCUAGUGGAUUCCGUGGACAACGAAGGAGGAGGAGGCCCCAUAAACCACUCUAUACUGCCAGAGCUAAGCAACAGGGCUGCCCCUCUUAAGGUCGCCUCUAAUUUGGAGAACACGUCUUUGAACAUGAACACGAAGAAUAGACGACGAUGGGGAUAUGUAACGAAAACAGUCAAGAGCUCAGAUGAGUGGGAUGACUUUCAAGAUCUUGAUAUUGGCUCUUCUAAUACUAGAACAGAAGCAAAGAAUGAAAAACCUAGACCGAUCGGGGAUGGUCUUCAUAGCAGCUUUGAGAGUAUUUUAGAUUUGAAGGAAGACAGUGGCUCCACUAGGCCCGUGCAGUCUUCGUUCUCUCGACAAGACACUUCAGCAUCCAGGAGAACGUCCGCUAAGCAACACUACUUGAGACACUCCAGGUAUUUGCCCGGAAUAUCUAUUAAAAGCAAUGCUGAUAAAGAUGGAAUAAAUUCCUUUAACCAAUGGCCAAAUAUUAGUCGGCCAAUGAAGCCUCUUGCGGUGCCAACAGGACCUACCGGCGUUACUGGUUACAUUCCGACUUUCUGGAAACAGGAAUUGAGUUCUCUUGGGCUAAAGACUCGAUUAGCGCCACUUACAGACCCCUCUCCAAAGUUUGGGUCCAUAAAAUCUGUUGGAUCGUAUCUGGGACAGUCCACCAUCAACUCUCCAUCCAAAAGUUCUCCUACAUUGUCUCCCAGGCCACCACCUGCUCUUCAGCCAGUCCACGGAAGAACAGACUGGAUGUCCAAAUAUGGCGGGCGCAGAUAGCCAAGCACUUUAUUUGGCAUGUAUUAUGUCAUCCCGUAUGGACAGCUAUUGAAACAGCUUUUAUGUCAUGCAUCAUAUAUUUUUUUCUAUUAGUGUGUCGUAUUCCAGAAAAUACUAGAGCGGAACGCACCUUUUCAUUGGUGCUGUAGGCACUAUCAUGUUGGAGAUACUCAGAUGACAUGUCAUUCUCUUUACAGCAUCUACCAUCUAGCAACCUCCUGUCAGAAGCUAGCUCUAGGGCAUUUAUUUUUUACCAAAGUCUGCCUCUUCCCAGCUCAGAAUCGCUGCUCCUAGGCUGUGCUAGGCAAAUACACAUGAUACGCUGAAGGUGUGGUUCCCCUUUAACUUGCACAUAUGGCUCUGGCACAUUUGCAUGUUACUUCAGUGGAGCAUGGAGGACAUAACUGGCUGAGAGGUAGGAAAAGUCCAACCUGUUGGAUUU